CCGGCCCGGCCCUGCCGCGGGCUCGCGGUUACCGCCGCCUCCGCCGGGGGCGCUACGGCCCCGCCGCGGAGCCGGGCCGAGCCGAGCCGCGCGGGGCCGGGCCGGGCCGGGCCGGGCCGCUGCGGGACUAUGUGGGGCGUCCGGGCCGCGGCGGCGGCGGCGGCGCGGGGCGGGCGGGCGCUGCGCACGUCCGCCGCCCUCGGCGGCUCCCGGAACCUGCUGAAGAAAAUGUUGCACAAAACCAGAAAGAAGUUCUGGUACAACAGCCCUGCCCUGGAAUCUAAAAUGCUGUAUAAACCAACCAAGUUGGCCUCUGUAAUGAAGGAUGACCAGAUAAAAAUUAGGAAAGAAGAUAACAUACGUUGCAGAGUCUUGAAUAGUCUUAUUUGUAAAGCUGUGACAGAGAUGAUGACUACCUGUGAAGUUAAUCAAGAGCUUUAUGACCUCAAGCUAGAAAUCUGCAAGGUGUCCAUGGCAUCAAAGUUUUCAGCAUGUCGUAUUUACUGGAACCCUUCUUCUACUACAGAGAAAGACAGUUAUGUUGAAAGUGUACUGCAGAAGAGUGCUCCACGUAUACGGUAUCUUCUGAUGAGUCAUCAGAUUAUAGGAAAUGUACCCCCAAUAGUAUUUAUAAAAGACAAAGAAGCAGCAGCUUUAAAAAAGAUUGAUGAAUUAUUGUCAAUUGCUGAUUUUGGUUCUCCAGAAGAAGAAGAAAAGUUACUUCAAAAUGAUUCCAGUAAACCAGACUCUUCAGCUACAGAAUCUUCAGAUUCACCCAUCCGGUCUAAUCUUUUUGGUAUUGAUCAUGAACUGCUGAAUAAACAGAUAAUGGAGUACAAAAGACUGAAAGUGUCAAAAGAUACGGAAGGCAUUGCCUGGAUGGAACAGCAGGAGCAGCAGCUGUCUAUGAUUCAGAAGAAAAUGAAAAAGAAGAAAGUAAGGAAUCCCCCUGAUGAUGACGUUACACCACAGAAAUAUUUACUGGACAAAUAUGAAGCUGAUUACUUGGAUGACAACACUGAAUCAAUCUCUGAUUAUGAGCUGGAGCAUGAAUUGCAGGAAGAAGUAAACAAACUGGAGGCAGAUGAUGGCAAAACUGAAAGUCAACCUACUGUUAAACUGAAGUGAGAAAGCCACUCCCUUUAAAAUGGAGACUGUCAAUAGCAAAAAAGACUGCCAUAGAUAUGGAAAGAUUAGUUUUAUACAGUCUGUUCACCACUUCCUCUUUGAAACUAACAGGUUUGCCACACAUGCUGAGGUUUGCUAGCAGAAGUUAUGUAAGCAGAAUGAAAAUGAUGUUUGCGAUGCUUUGUUAAGAACCUUUCAAGCCACUGUAGUUGUAAGAAUUUCGGCCAGAGAGCAGUUUUCCAGCAACAAAAUAUACAUUGGGCAGCACUGUGAGUUAAAACUUCUUGCAGUUCUCUUGGUUAUUUCCAAUAAUUUUUUUCUUGUUUCUGUGUAACUAUUAAAAAAAAAAUUGGGGGUUGAUUUGGAUAAAAAUAAUCAUAAAAUGAUGGUCCCUGUUUUUCUAAGGACAGGAAGGAAGAAGGAAAGCAGAAUAAUGACAAUGGAGUUCAAAAAGCAGCCUUCGGUGCACAGAGACUUGGAUGUUGUAUUCUGCAGAAAACCUAGUGUAAUGGGGCUCUUUCCACAAGAUGGUGAAACCCAUUGAGAUGGUGGCAAAUAAAGUUACAAUCCUGAAAGAAAAUCAA